AUGAUCGGCCAUUUUCAACACAUCGCAACACAAUUGCUUAACCAUUGUGUAACUUUUGAUACAAAAAUGAAAACUAAACAUGAAGAUUUGGUAUUAAAUGAACAUUUUGCAUGUUUAGACGUUACUGAUCUUAGCCGAGUGGUAAGUACAAAAGCUGUUAAAAGAGCUAAUUUGGAGCAGAUCUAUUUAUUUUGGGGAAUUUUUGUAGAAAACGACACCUAA